UUGGCGUCUGUACAAGAAGUGAGUCAACUCUUGACUGUGUUGCAUUAUUGCGUUUCCAACAAACAACUUCAUCACGGUAGCACUUCCUCCCAUGGAAUUCGACUCUUCAACUUCAAAACUCCCAGGGAUGUACGAUGUUCUCAUCAACUUCACAGGAGAAGACAUCCGAAGAAAAUUUGUUUCUCAUCUCGAUUAUGCUCUCUCUAUUGCUGGGCUCACAACUUUCCUUCACGAGGAGAAUGCAGUGAAGGGCAGGCAAAUCCAACAACCUAUUCUCAAUCUGUGUCGGGUAGCAAUUGUUGUUUUCUCCAAAACCUAUUCUCAAUCUGCUUGGUGUCUUCAUCAGCUCCAACAAAUCAUCAAAUGGCAAGAAACUUAUUCCCGACAUGUUCUGCCCAUAUAUUACGAAAUUCAGCCAUCUGAUGUACGUCUUCAGAAGGGUGAUUUUGGUGAAGCCUUCAAAGCAACUGCACACAAAACAUUCUCAAGACAACAACUGCAGCAUGGCAUGUCAAGGUGGAGCCACGCACUCACCAAAGCUGCAAAUUUCUUUGGAUGGGAUGGGAGCAAUUACAGGAGUGAUGCUGAACUAGUGGACAAAAUUGUUAAGAGCGUUCUUAAUUUAGCAGUCUUGUCUGCUACUAAUUUUCCAGUUGGAUUACAAUCCCGUAUGGAAGAAGUGAUUCAAAUUAUAAAAAAUGAAUCCAGGGAUGUUUGCAGGAUAGGGAUAUGUGGAAUGGGAGGAUCAGGUAAAACAACACUUGCGAAAGCCAUCUAUAAUCAAAUUCAUGGUACAUUCACAGAUAAAAUUUUCAUUGAAGAUGUUGCACAAGUUACUCAAACAAGAGGGCAUGCUCAUUUAAAAAAGCAACUUCUUUCUAGUGUUCUAAAAACAGAUAUACAUAGCGUUAAGGGGACGAGAGGAAAUAUGAUUCGAGAAAGGCUCAGGAAAAGGGUGCUCAUUGUUCUUGACGAUGUGGAUGAUCAUUAUUUUUCUUAUUUAGAGGAGACUAGGUAUGGUCCGGCCCUUUGGCCAUUCUUCAGUGAAGGAUCUGUAAUAAUCAUUACAACAAGAGAUGUAGUAGUAGACAUACAUUUUUUUUCUGUUUUUCAGAUAAACAAAAUGAACCCAGACGAGUCCGUUGAGCUUCUUAGUUGGCACGCAUUUAGAGAAGCAAAACCAAAAGAGGAAUGUCAUUUCCUUGCAAAAAUGAUAGUUGAUUACUGUGGAGGAUUACCUCUAUCUCUUGAAGUCAUUGGAUCUUGUUUAUAUGAAAGGCCGAAAGAAGAAUGGAAUAAAGUAUUGUCAAGAUUAGAAAGUAUUCCCCCGCAUGAAGUUCUACAAAUAUUGAAAAUAAGCUUCGAUGGCUUACUUAAUCAAUCGGAAAAAGAUUUAUUCCUUGAUGUAUGUUGUUUCUUUGUUGGUAAAGACAUAACCUAUGUCACGAAGAUCCUAAAUGUCUGUGGAGUAGACCCUGACAGGGGAAUAAGACUUCUCAUAGAGCGUAGCCUCAUAAAAGUUGAAAAAAAUAACAAAGUUGGAAUGCAUCCUCUACUACAAAUAAUGGGAAUAAAAAUUGUUUGUGAUUUUUCAAGAAAAAGGAACCUGCGAGGAACAAUCAUCUUUUGGUUGAUGAAGAUUUCAAACAUGCGCUGUCAGAGAAACAUCAAGAACAUUGAACGUAAGAUUCUGAUUCAAGUUAACUGAAAUGGUUAAGUUUGCAUGGUUUCCUUCAAAGGUUAUUAGCCAAUUUAUAUAUCAAUUUACAAAAUAAAAUAUUAUUGAUUAAUAAAAUAGUCACUAUGUUUAGGAUAUUGUAAAAGUAUUGACUGCUUCACGUUCCUUACAAUCAAUGGUUCUUUAUAUAUAUUGUUCAAAUAAGUUGUUUCUGCAUUUAAAAAAAAAUAGCACUGUCAAGUGCAAUGAUUAUGUUAAUUUGAACAAAUUGAAGCUUAUAAUGUAUAAAUGGUUUUGUGUAAAAGGAUAUUUAUAAUUAGGACUUGAACCUGUGUAUGAAGGAAGAGAUAAAUAUUAGAGUAAGAGAAGAAAAGACAAUAUGCACAAAGAAGGUGAUAAUGCAAGAGACUUUACAGUGUUGUAAGUAUUGAAGACAAAACACAUUUUCUCCUACCUUGCUUUUGUGAGCAUUAAGAAGGUGGAUUAUUAAGAGGUUGGAUAAAGCAUUGGAUGGAAGGGUUAAGUGUGAGUAAAGGUAGCAAAGGUAGACACUACA